GUUGAUAAUAUUUUGAUCAAAAAAAAAAAUAUGCACGCGGUGAGAUUCGAACUCACGCGGAUCGCUCCAACGCAACUUGAGUGCGCCGCCUUAGACCGCUCGGCCACACGUGCUAGAUAAUAUCUAUAAACUAAAACAGGAAUGACUUUGAAGAUUUAAUUUAUUUAUAAUAGAAUUUAAUAAAUAUAAGUAAAGCUAUAACACUUUUAUUCACAAUAAUUUUUUGAGAAUAUUAGUUUAUUACAAUAGAAGUUGGAGGAUUAAUACAAUAAAAUUUUAUAUCACUUUUCUCCUAAAAAGUGCGAUGAAAGUUAUAAUUUAUGUGAAAGUUAAAGUAAAUCAAAUGAGGAAUCAGAUAUUUAGAUAGAAUAAAAAACCUUUAUAGAUGAUGGCUAUUUAGAAAGAAUGGCUGAAAAAAGAAAGCUUCAAAGACAAAAGAAUUAAAAAAUAAAAAUUUUAUAAUAAAAAAUAAAAGCCAGAGAAGAAGUAAUUUAAAAUAAUGAAAAAAAUAUUGAGUAAAUUUAAUCUAAUAGAAAAAAGAUAACAUUCAAAGAUAUUAUUUUAGAGGAAUAUGAAAGAUAAACAGACCCUAAUUUCUAUAUGGCAGUACCUCAUAUACACUAGUAUGUCCAAAAAAUAAAAAAUACAAGAAUUUAAAAAUAAAAUAGCUUGGGUUUACUAAUUAUGGAAAUUGAAUGA